GACCUCGUUUGUCUUCACUAAAAGAAAAAUACACAUAAGCAUGGCAGUGUUCAGAAAGAGAAGAAUGGGGUGUUUUUGCGUCUGGUUGCUCCCUGUUGUAGUGACUGUGGUGUGCGCUCAAAGUGUCGGUGACCCUAGCAAUAUGUCGUUGGUUAAAGAAACGGUGGAUAGACUGUUGAAAGGUUAUGAUAUACGAUUGAGGCCAGAUUUCGGAGGUCCUCCUGUUGGCGUAGGAAUGAAUAUAGACAUAGCCAGCAUAGACAUGGUAUCAGAAGUCAAUAUGGACUACACAUUGACAAUGUACUUCCAGCAGGCCUGGCGAGACAAACGGCUGUCCUACACUGAGAUCCCCCUCAACCUGACCUUAGAUAACCGGGUGGCUGACCAGCUCUGGGUCCCUGACACAUACUUCCUCAAUGACAAGAAAUCAUUUGUCCACGGUGUCACAGUGAAAAAUAGAAUGAUCCGACUACACCCGGAUGGUACCGUACUGUACGGUCUAAGGAUCACUACCACCGCUGCUUGUAUGAUGGACCUAAGAAGGUAUCCAUUGGAUGAGCAAAACUGCACACUCGAGAUAGAGAGUUAUGGUUACACAACAGAUGAUAUUGAGUUCCACUGGCGAGGAGGAGACAAUGCUGUGACUGGGGUGGACAAGAUAGAACUUCCCCAGUUCUCCAUUGUGGAUCAUAAGCUCAUCUCCAAGAAUGUCGUCUUCUCCACAGGUGCUUACCCUCGUCUGUCCCUGAGUUUUAAGCUGAAGAGAAACAUUGGGUACUUCAUCCUACAGACAUACAUGCCUUCUAUACUUAUCACCAUCCUCUCUUGGGUCUCCUUCUGGAUCAACUACGACGCCUCUGCUGCCAGAGUGGCUCUCGGUAUUACCACCGUGCUCACCAUGACUACCAUUAACACCCACCUUAGAGAAACCCUCCCCAAAAUACCCUAUGUCAAGGCAAUAGACAUGUACCUCAUGGGCUGCUUCGUCUUUGUCUUCCUGGCUCUGCUGGAGUAUGCGCUGGUAAACUACAUCUUCUUUGGACGGGGCCCUCAACGUCAGAAACGGGCAGCAGAGAAACUGACUACUGCCAAUAACGAAAAGAUGAGGAUGGAUCCAAACAAGUGGCUGGUGGGGAAUGUAGUUGGCAGAGAUGAUACUCUGUAUGCAAGAAUGAAACAAAGGGAUCUUGAUGGUCAUGACUCGAUGUGGGAACCAAUCUUUGUGGAUGAUGCAGCAAUUGGACUUGGCGAUCAAAAAAAUAAGAUGGACCCACAUGAAAACAUCCUUUUGGGCACUCUGGACAUCAAGAAUGACAUGGGCGUUUCAGAGCUGGCUCUGGGUCUCAAUGACCCACGAAAUACCAUGCUGACAUACGACAGCUCAACUCUACAGUACCGUAAAGCAGGGCUGGCCAGGCACAACUUUGGCCGAAACACACUGGAGUGCCACAUGACUCGAAAGAAGAGCCGACUACGGAGGCGCGCUUCACAGCUAAAGAUCAACAUCCCAGACUUGACUGAUGUAAACUCUAUUGACAAAUGGUCGAGGAUGAUCUUCCCAACUGUCUUCUCCUUCUUCAACAUUGUUUACUGGCUUUACUAUGUUAAUUAA